AUGAGAAGGCAGCUCCGCUCCAGAAGGGCUCCGGCCUUCCCUUACGGUUAUCGCUACAGACUUGAUGACCAGGAUGAAGUAAAUCAGAACUACUUAGCAGACGAGGAGGAUGAAGCCGAAGAAGAGGCUCAGGUGAUGAUGGCUCCUGGUCUGGAGGAAGAAGAAGAAGAGGAGGAGGAAGGAAAAGAGGAGGAGGAAGAAAGGGAGGAAGAAGGUCAGGGUCAGCUGACAGGCAAUGCCUGGAGGCAGAAAUUGCAGACCGUGACUGAAUACCUGUGGGACCCGGAGAAAAGGAUGUCUCUGGCCCGAACAGGUCAGAGUCGGAGUCUGAUUUUAGUCAUUUACUUCUUCUUCUAUGCCUCCCUGGCUGCUGUGAUCACGCUAUUCCUGUACAUGCUGUUCCUAGCCGUCAGUCCCUACAUGCCAACCUUCACCGAGCAGGUGAAACCUCCCGGAGUCAUGAUCAGACCCUUCGCUCACAGCCUUAACUUCAACUUCAACGUUUCCCAACCUGAAACUUGGCAGCAUUAUGUGGUCAGCCUGAAUGGCUUUCUCCAGGGCUAUAACGACAGUCUUCAAGAGGAAAUGAAUAUAGAUUGUCCUCCGGGACAGUUCUUCAUCCAAGAUGGCGAUGAGGAUGAGGACAAGAAGGCCUGCCAUUUUAAGCGCUCUUUCCUGAAAAAUUGCUCUGGGCUGGAGGACCCUACUUUUGGAUACUCUACUGGACAGCCUUGCAUCCUCCUCAAGAUGAACCGGAUUGUAGGCUUUCGUCCUGAGCUUGGAGACCCUGUGAAGGUAGCCUGCAAAGUUCAGAAAGGUGACGAAAAUGACAUUCGAUCCAUCAAUUACUACCCAGAGUCGGCGUCUUUUGACCUCCGCUACUACCCUUACUAUGGCAAACUGACUCACGUUAACUACACCUCGCCCCUGGUCGCAAUGCAUUUUACAGAUGUGGUGAAGAACCAAGUAGUGCCUGUACAGUGCCAGCUGAAGGGCAAAGGCAUCAUCAAUGACGUCAUCAACGAUCGUUUUGUGGGGAGGAUAAUCUUCACCCUGAACAUAGAAACCUAGGAACUCCUGGGGGGCCACUCACACCGGUUCUGGUUUCAUUUUGUGUUAUCCCUGGUAGCACUUCGAUUCCUUUUUCCUCGGUUAAGACACAGCCAGAUGGACGCCUAAGACCAGAUCAUCUUUCCUUGCCUUUGACGUGUGUAUGAAGUGAUAUUGUGGGACCUGCUUGUUUUUUUUUUUUUUUUUUAGGUCGUCUCUCCCGGUGACAGACUAUAUUAAUUUCCUCUCCUUCCCUUCAAACUCAGACCUCUUGAUACAAGUCUCACUAUCUACAGCAUCUGAUAGCGUUCAUAUUGUCAGGACAAUAUUUAUCAUGUUUUCUUAAAAUGUGUUGGUUUUAGAGGUGAUAUUAUUCCCAGUCAGGUGGGUAUUCUAACCCACCACGCACUCACCUUUAAAACUGCCUUCCAAGGUCUUUCCUCAGAAACUAACAUCAGACAAACCCAGAAUAUACAAAACUGAAAGCUACUCUCCCUACAGAACUUUAUAUAGGGGUAGGGGGCUUGAACAUUUGGCUGUCUCCCAUAAGUGACUUAAUACUGAUUCAUGAUUCCGUUAUUUUCCGCCAGGACAGCAAGCAAUGCUGGCAGGUUAUUGGUCUGGGAUAGAGAUGAAGACCUUCUGUGAGACGUUUUGUGGAGGGAAGUAGAUCCUAGUGCAACCAGGGAGAAGUGUUAGCAUAGGGAGGCGCUGGUUCUUGAUUGCUCUGUAGUAUAACCAGCCAAAGGCAAAAAUUCUUGCAAACAAGUUUUUCUCAACUCCUAACAGAAGAGAAAACAUGAAAAAAAAUCUUCUUUGGUCAAAUCGUCUUGGCCCGCUUGCUUGAUAGUUGUGUGGUUGUCUUUGAGAUCAGCAGGGAUGGGUGCCUUGAUCCCCCAGCUACAACCUUGGGGAUUGAAAUUAGGGUUCUCCAACUAAUAUGUGGCAGGACCAAAAGCUCCUGCCAGGCCUCCCUGAAGCCAAUGCCCAUUAGCCAGUUUUGCAUUUCCUUUAAAAAUCACACGAGGCAGAUGUUUAUCCAGGUUGUGUAUCAGCCAAGUUGCUUUGUUUUUUCUUUGGCCAUGUGACCAUUCCAAUUGCUUCUUAAUGCCUCCACCAGAGGGA